AUGGCCCAUCAGCUCGAUGAGGGCUUCGACUACAAUGAGAUUCGUUCGCUCAUGGUGAAAGAUCUGAGGAUAAUCCCUCAACUAUUCAAGUUACGGAGCAGGCAGCAGCUGGAAGAAUUGAGCCGCACGCCGUAUCUUUGCGGAUGGGCCUUCCAAAGUCUACGCUACGACCGAGCAAACAUAGCAAUGGAUCUCAGGCACUUCCACGAGACAUAUAGGGCCUGCUUCGGAAGAAGAUCGCCCAUAUGCAACCCAGGUCCAACGCAAUGUGACGGUAGUUCAUCGCAUGCCUGCAAGCGAUUCAAAAAUACGGCUGUCACCAAUCAGUUAAUGCACGACCAGAAAUGCGAAGGCGAUUGCCAAAGGCUGUUUUGGUGCAGAGAUUCAUUCGUCAAUGUUUCGGGAGCCAAGGCAGUUGACAUCGUCACGACUGACACUACAACAUUGCGGUACUGCAAAGUCAGCGUGAAAACACUCACAAUAUCUCAUGUGUGGAGCCACGGCCAAGGGGGGAGACCCGAUGAUGGGCAUCCAGAGGGAACGGGCUUCAAUCUGUGUCUCCAUCGCCGUUAUGCCGAACUCGCCACCUUAUUGGGCUGUGAGUCAUAUUGGAUGGACACCCCAUGCAUACCCAGUGAGAAAGACCUGCGAUGGGAGUGCAUAAUGAACAUCACCAGCAUCUUUGCCAUGAGCGAAAAGACCAUCAUCUGUGACCGAGACAUAAUGGCCAUGGACAUCUCUUAUCCCACAGUCCAGGUCUACGAGCGUAUUCUUGCGACGUUGUUAGUCUGUGAUUGGAGCAUAAGAGCCUGGACAUUGCUUGAGUCUAUGCGCGGAAGAAGGGGACUCUACCUGCUCUGUCUCAAUAACAGACAUAUCAGCGUGUGUGAGCUUCUAAAAUCAGUAGUCGACAACGGAAGGAUUGACCUAACCUCUUUGUUCCUCGCCAGAGGCUAUCUUUUCCCGCCAGUCGACUUGGGCGACUUUGAACUCUUCCCUGGCCGCGUUGUCGAAGACCCUGCAGGUCGCCAGGUACAAAAGGGUUUCGUGAACAUAGGCGAAGCUGCGGCGUUGUUGAGCCACCGACACGCCACGCGGGACGCAGACGACCUCCUGAUCUGGAGCCUGCUCAUCGGGGAUCUAGAGGACGAAAGCCCAGUCGAGAUGUGGAAACGGCAGGUCGACAAAGUGAUUGCGACCGGCUUCUUGGUGUCAAGCGCACAAAGAAUACAAGGCCACCCGGGACUCGGCUGGGCUCCAUGCCAACCUACCGCUUCGCGACGAGCCAGUGACACCAGCCUCAGCCCCAAGACAUAUCCUGCCUAUGACGGCGUUGAGACUCAGCGAGGCACCAUCACCGCCCAUGGAUUGCGCGCCAAAUGGCUCGUGCACGAGUUCCCUGUCGUUGCGUCUUCGACGGCCGCAGAAAAAGGGACGAAGGAGCUGCAAAUCUCCAGUCUUCAAGAGCCAAUUUCACGGAUCACCUCCCGCUAUCUUCUCGGAUACACACGUGGUGCUCUGCUACAGGCUUUGCCUCGCAGAGGAGACCUACAACGAAACAUCCCUGUACCAUAUCGAGGGUCAACCGCUCCUGUGAUGGUGAUCUGCGGAUCGGUGGAUGGAGCCAAGUGGGAGUGGAAAGACAUCUAUGAAUGGGAGACGAGUGAUCCGGUACCACACUUUGACAUGAGAGAGAUCCUGCUUGUUUGA